UCCGGGGGAAGACGGUAGUGGAACAAGGGGGCCCCGCUCCCAGCGUCUCAUGUGUUACACCCACAAAACCCUUACCCUCGUUCCGACCGGGGGGCAUCAAGGGUGAAGACGGUACUGCCCACUAAAGCGUGCGACUUGCAUGUGGUCGGAAUGAUGCAGAGUUUUUCUUCAGUGGUUGGACCAAAUGGAAGUGGGAAAAGCAAUGUCAUUGACGCAAUGCUCUUUGUGUUUGGAAAACGGGCAAAGCAGCUGCGUCUCAAUAAGGUAUCAGAGCUUAUCCACAACUCCUCGAAUCACAGGGAUCUGGAGAUGGCGAAAGUGUCUGUUCAUUUUCAAGAGAUUAUAGAUGUGGAUGAUACGGGGUACGAAGUUGUUCCAAACAGCCAGUUUGUCAUUAGCCGAACAGCUCAGCGCAACAAUACAUCCAAGUACUACAUCGAUGACAGAGGAAGCAACUUCACGGAGGUGACAAACUUGCUGAAGGAGAAGGGUGUGGACCUGGACAACAACCGGUUCUUGAUCCUGCAGGGGGAGGUGGAGCAGAUCUCCAUGAUGAAGCCCAAAUCCCAAGGGCCAAAUGAUGAAGGGCUUCUAGAAUAUCUGGAAGAUAUAAUCGGUACAAAUAAGUAUGUGGAGCAAAUUGAAGCAGGAGCAAAGAGGUUGGAGGAGUUGAGUGAGAUUCAUGUUGGAAUGGUGCACCGCGUUAAGAUGGUGGAGAAAGACAAAGAUGGACUGGAGAGCGCCAAAAAUGAAGCUGAGGCUUCCAUGCUCAAGGAGGCAGAGGUGCUCAGGUGGAAAGGAACCCUUUGCCAAGCAAAUCUCGUCGAUGCUGAGAGGAGUGCUGCUAAGGUGAAAGCAGACAUUAGCGAUGCACAAGCAAAACUCCAAGCUGAACAGGAAAAAGUUGCUGAGCAGAAGAAAUCACUAAAGGAGCUAGAGGAUUCCUUCAAUGGUCAAGAUAAGAGCUGCAAAGAGGUUGAGGCGCAGGUUGAAGCAUGCAAGAAAGAAUUCAAAGAGUUUGAGAGGAAGGACAUCAAGUUUCGGGAAGACAUUAAGCACAGAAAGCAGAAGCAGAAGAAAGUUGAAGACAAGGUUGCAAAGGACAAAGCUCGCAUUGAAGAAAUGGAGAAAGAGAAUGCUGAUAGCACUGAAAUGAUCCCCAAGCUGGAAGAGGAGAUUGUGUCAAUGACCGAGAAACUUGCAGAAGAGGAGAAGCAGUUAGAGAAGUUGAAGGAGACCAUCCGAGAGGAGGCUGAGGUUUACAGACAAGAUCUUGCAAAGAGUCACGCUGAGCUGGAGCCCUGGGAUAAGCAGAUAAAUGAGUUAAAGGCGCGAAUUGAUGUGGCAACUGCGGAAGGCAAACUGCUUGAGAACAAGCAUGCAGCAGCUGCACAGCAUUAUGAAGAUGCACUGAAGAGCUUAGAAGAUAUAGAUAAGAGACUGGCCACCAAGAAGCAGGAUCUCGAAAGGAUGGAGGCAAGUGUUGUGGAGCAUAAUUCAACUGCAGGAAGAUCACGUGAGGAAGAGAAGGCUCUUUUGGCGGAGGAGGAACAGCUUUCUGCAAGAAUUCAAGCUGCCAGAUCGAAAGUGGCAGAAAUGCGAGAGUCGUUGACUUCUGCCCAGAGCCAGAACACUAUUCUUAAGGCUCUGCAGCAGGCAAGAGAUUCAGGAAGGAUUCCAGGGAUCUUCGGCCGUUUGGGUGAUCUUGGUGCCAUUGAUGCCAAGUAUGACAUUGCUAUAUCCACUGCGUGUGGCGCUCUUGACUAUAUCGUUGUGGAGACUGCCACAUCAGCUCAAGCUUGUGUGGAGCUGCUUAGAGCUCAAAACCUCGGUGUGGCAACAUUUUUGAUCUUGGAGAAACAACUUCAUCUCCAAGGGGAGAUGAAUCAACGAGUGCAAACACCUGAAGGAGCUCCCAGGCUCUUCGAUCUCGUACGGGUCCGUGAUGAACGAUUGCUUCCGGCGUUUUACUUUGCUCUUCGAAACACUGUGGUUGCGACAAAUUUGGAUAAAGGAACGAGGAUUGCCUAUGGAGCUGACAGAAGGUUCCGUCGAGUCGUGACGCUGGAUGGUCAGUUGUUUGAGAGCAGUGGAACAAUGUCUGGUGGAGGUGGAAGGCCUAGGGGUGGGAAAAUGGGUACGGCUGUAAGGGAUGGUGGUGUGUCCCGAGAAGCUCUUUCGACAGCAGAAAGGGAGCUCGAUGCACUUGUUGCGCAAUUGACAGCACUUCGAGCACGAAUCGCCGAGAUUACAGCAACUGCAAGCAGAGCUGAGAAAGCGUUGAUGUUACUAGAAACUCAGAUUCCAAAGACCAAGAUGGAGGUUGAAGCUCUGCAUGCUCAGAGAAAGGACAUUGAGAAACAACUAGGUGCACUGAAGGAGGGAGCUGUCGCAAAUCCGGCAGAGCUUGCCCGUAUUGCAGAACUGAAAGAGACCAUAGCUGGAGAGCAACAACAACUUCAAAAAGUCCAAAAAGACUCAGAGAAGCUGAGGAAGCAGAUCGCUGACUUACAGAAGAAGAUCGAUGAGACAGGGAAAGACAAAUUAAAGAAGCAGAAGGCAUCAGUAACCAAGCUUCAGCAGGGAAUUGAUGGGAAUACAAGUGAUAUUAACAAGCGAAAGGUCCAGAUUACGAUGAACAAGAAGGCGCUUCAGAAAACAGCCAAGGCAAUUACUGACGGGGAGAAGGAGGCAGCAACACUGGCUGACGAACUGCAGGAGAUGACAGCGGGGUUUAAGGAGAUAGAGAAGAAUGCCUUUGUAGUACACGAAAAGCUCGCAGGUUUAACGGAGUUACUGAAAGCGAAGAGCGAUGAGCGGGACGGAGUCAAAGAUAAAUACAAUAAGAUAAAGAAAGCCGUGGACGACCUCAGCAGUGCACAGGUUGAUUUGCAGCUAAAGCUGGAUGAUAUGCAAAACAUCUUGAAAAGCUGGGAGGAAAAGAUCCACUAUUGCAACAGAAAGCUGGAAGAGAAUGACAACGCGAAAGGCACAUUCCUUACCCAGGCCGAAGGCGAUGCCAAUUUCAUUGAAGCGCUUCGGAAAGAGCUCCAUUCCACAAGUGCAGAUUUUCCGACGACGGAAGAAGCACAGCUUCAGCUGUCGCGUGUUGAGACACAGCUGAAGGAAAUGAAACCCAACCUUACCGCCAUUGCUGAGUACCGUAAAAAGCUGGCAGAGUACAACGAACGGGUGGCGGAACUCAACAAAGUGGCUGAAGAAAGGGAUCAAACGCGAAAGGAGCAUGAGGAAGUCCGAAAGAGGAGGCUGACUCAGUUUAUGGAAGGCUUUGGUAUCAUCACAAUGAAGCUCAAGGAGAUGUACCAGAUGAUCACACUUGGAGGUGAUGCGGAGCUUGAACUGGUGGACUCUUUGGAUCCAUUCACUGAGGGGAUCGUUUUCAGUGUUCGGCCGCCGAAAAAGAGCUGGAAGAAUAUCUGCAAUCUAUCAGGAGGAGAAAAGACUCUUAGCUCCCUGUCACUGGUGUUUGCUCUUCACCACUACAAGCCAACACCGCUUUAUGUCAUGGACGAGAUUGACGCGGCUUUAGAUUUCAAAAAUGUUUCAAUUGUUGCGCACUAUAUCAAGGAUCGCACAAAGAAUGCGCAAUUCGUCAUCAUCAGCUUGAGGAACAACAUGUUUGAACUCGCAGACCAUUUAGUGGGAAUUUAUAAGACAGACAAUUGCACAAAGAGUCUGACGAUCCAGCCAUCAUCCUACGCAGUCCAAGCGGCUUGAGAUGGGAGAUGAGGUUGUGCUGUGGACAGAGGAGGCAAUAUUAAUCGUCAUGUACCUUUUACUGGUGUGCCUUCCUUGCAGCAGGCAGAGGUAAGGAUUUCAGUUUCACCUCACUUUUCUGCCUGAGUUUCUCAGUAAAAACGUUAAAAAAGA